CAGUGCGCAUGCGUGCAGCUACGACUCACGGACUAACUGCACGUCCGCUCGGAGUUUUGACACAUUCCCCGCGCUCUUGCCCGAACGGCGCCUGCGCAGAAUCUCAACCGUCCGUAGCGCGGAGAGACUAGUGGUGUCUCUCCUACGCCGCCAUCGUCUGUUUUCUUCCGCAGCCCGCUCGCCUUCGCUGCCAAGAUGCCGCGGAUUAUGAUCAAAGGGGGCGUGUGGCGAAACACCGAGGAUGAAAUUCUUAAAGCAGCUGUGAUGAAAUAUGGCAAAAACCAGUGGUCUCGUAUUGCUUCCUUGUUGCACAGAAAAUCAGCAAAACAAUGCAAAGCCAGAUGGUACGAGUGGUUGGACCCAAGUAUCAAAAAGACAGAAUGGUCACGGGAAGAAGAGGAGAAACUAUUACACUUGGCCAAGCUAAUGCCAACCCAGUGGAGGACCAUUGCUCCAAUCAUUGGAAGAACAGCUGCGCAGUGCUUGGAACACUAUGAAUUUCUUUUGGAUAAAGCUGCCCAGAGAGACAAUGAAGAAGAAACUGCAGAUGAUCCUCGAAAACUGAAACCAGGAGAAAUUGAUCCAAAUCCAGAAACCAAACCGGCCCGUCCAGAUCCUAUUGAUAUGGAUGAAGAUGAACUUGAAAUGCUAUCUGAAGCUAGAGCACGUCUGGCUAAUACUCAGGGAAAGAAGGCCAAGAGAAAAGCAAGAGAGAAGCAGCUGGAAGAAGCUAGACGUCUUGCUGCUCUCCAGAAGAGGAGAGAACUUAGAGCUGCGGGGAUAGAGAUCCAGAAGAAAAGGAAAAAGAAGAGAGGAGUAGAUUACAAUGCAGAAAUCCCAUUUGAAAAGAAGCCUGCGCCUGGCUUUUACGAUACAUUGGAGGAAAACUACCAGGCACUGGAUGCGGACUUCAGGAAGCUACGUCAGCAAGACCUGGAUGGAGAAUUAAGAUCUUCAGGCAAUCCAUUGUAUACAGUAGAAAUAGCAGACAGCUGUGAAUUACGGAGCUGCAAUUCCAAGUUUGAUUUUGGAAAUCCUGGUAACGUGCUCUGUAUAUUGUCUGUCACACAGGAAGCCCAGAACUUGAUGGCUCUGACGAACGUAGACACCCCCCUGAAAGGUGGUCUUAAUACCCCCCUCCAUGAGAGUGACUUCUCUGGAGUGACACCCCAGAGACAAGUUGUUCAGACUCCAAAUACAGUGCUUUCCACACCCUUCAGGACUCCAUCUCAUGGAGCAGAAGGUUUGACCCCUCGUGGUGGAAUAACUCCUAAACCAGUGGUUGGAGCAACUCCAGGUAGGACUCCCCUGCGAGAUAAAUUGAACAUCAAUCCAGAAGAGGGAAUGGCAGAUUACAAUGAUCCUUCUUAUGCAAAACAACUGGAAAGAGAGUCUCGUGAGCAUCUGCGUCUAGGGCUUAUGGGCCUUCCUGCCCCAAAGAAUGACUUUGAGAUUGUUUUACCGGAAAAUGCAGAGAAGGAACUUGAGGAACAUGAAACAGAUGAUACCUAUAUAGAAGAUGCUGCUGAUGUGGAUGCACGCAAACAGGCUAUUCGAGAUGCAGAGCGUGUAAAGGAGCUAAAGCGGAUGCACAAAGCUGUUCAGAAGGAUCUGCCAAGGCCCGCAGAAGUAAAUGAAACGAUUCUGAGACCCUUGAAUGUAGAGCCUCCUCUAACAGACUUGCAGAAAAGUGAAGAGCUGAUAAAGAAAGAGAUGAUCACCAUGCUUCAUUUUGAUCUUCUGCAUCACCCAUAUGGAGAGCAGCCUGGGGGUAAAAAGGGGAAAGGCCCAGGAUUUGGAACGAACAGUGCGGAGCAUAUUACAUACCUCGAACAAAAUUCUUAUGAGAAGCACUCCAAAGAGGACCUCAAGAAGGCCCAGGAUCUACUGGCACAAGAGAUGGAAGUGGUAAAGCAAGGAAUGGGGCAUGGAGAGCUUUCAAGUGAGGCUUAUAACCAGGUGUGGGAAGAAUGUUAUAGCCAGGUGUUAUAUCUACCAGGACAGAACCGCUACACACGAGCUAACUUGGCCAGCAAAAAAGACAGAAUAGAAUCACUUGAAAAAAGGCUUGAGAUAAACAGAGGUCACAUGACAACAGAAGCUAAGAGGGCUGCCAAGAUGGAAAAGAAGAUGAAGAUUUUGCUUGGUGGUUACCAGUCUCGGGCAAUGGGACUCAUGAAACAGUUAAAUGAUUUGUGGGACCAGAUUGAACAGGCUUACCUGGAGUUACGUACUUUUGAGGAGUUAAAGAAACACGAAGACGCUGCUAUUCCCAGGAGACUGGAGUGUCUAAAAGAAGACGUGCAGCGGCAGCAAGAGCGAGAGAAGGAGCUCCAGCAGAGAUUUGCAGACUUUAUGCUGGAUAAGGAGACUUUUCAAUCAAAAUAUUGAAGCACAAAAUUACUUGGUUGUUUGGUGUAACAUUUUUCAAAUGCACGGAUACGUCUCCUGCAUCUUGCCAUCCAUAUCUCAGAAAUCAAGCAUAGGUAAAUUUGCAGCUCUUUGCAUUUUGUGUUUUUUGUAAAUGGACUGUCAUUGUACCAAAUGUUCUAGGUGUGAACGGCUUGGUUCAAUAUUCGAGAUUUGGAUUUAAACGUCCAGGGCUUUGAUAUUAAAAGAAGAAAUCACACUGGGAUUUUUUUAGCCAUGUUGUUGUUUGCUAGGGUUAUUGCUGAUUCAUGCUCCUAGUGUCUUACCAUUCUUAAAAUCUACCAAACAUAUACCUGCAGUAUAUGUGCUUGUGAAUAAUGUCUCUUGAAUAAACCUGGAAUGUAAAGAAAUAUAUCAAAA